ACACAUAAGUGUUUAUAAAAACCCAUCACUUUCACUUCUACACAAAUUCAUUCAUUCAUCCUAUUCUAUUUAUUUAUCCUUGCUAUACAAAUUCUCUUCCAAAUUCCAUCUUUUUUCUUUUUCUUUACUUCUUUUAUUUUUAUUUUUUUUGUGUCAUGACCAUGAAGAGCAACAAUAAGGAUCAACAAUAUCUAAACUUUUUCAAUGCUCAAUUAUAUCUUUUCAAUUUCUUUGGUCAUAUUCUAGUAUUUGGUUGUGGUUUAGUCAUAGGUAUCACACUCACUUUUUGUGUCAAAAAUUUUUCAUUCAACUUUCAAUUCCAACAAUUUCAAGAUCCAUCUUUUAUCUCUAAUCCACCCCCUCAUUUACCUCCUACACCUCCAAUCUCAUCAAACAUCUCAAAUCCAUCAAAUAACCUAACAAAAAUUGCUAUCAAUCAAAAUAAUUUGGUUAUUACCAACACUACUAUUACUAACCCUAGUUCAAAUGGGUUAGAAGAUUUUUUGAAGAUUCCAAUGGCUAUGCAUGAUAUGAAUGAAGAUGAAUUAUUUUGGAGAGCUACUAUGAUUCCUAUGAUUCAUAAAACACCAUUCAAACAAACACCAAAGGUUGCAUUUAUGUUUUUGACAAAAGGUGGUGUUUUAUUGGCUCCAUUUUGGGAGAAAUUCUUUAAAGGUAAUGAAGGGUUGUAUUCAAUCUACAUUCAUCCAAAUCCUUCUUUUAAUGAAACGGUUUAUGAUCAAACCUCUAUCUUUUAUGGCCGUAGAAUCCCUAGCAAGGAGGUAAAGUGGGGUGAGAAUAGCAUGAUAGAAGCUGAGAGGCGUUUACUAGCAAAUGCAUUACUUGAUUUCUCAAAUCAACGUUUUGUAUUACUUUCAGAAUCAUGCAUACCAUUGUUCAAUUUCACCACAAUCUACAAUUAUCUAAUGAACUCAAAGAAAACUUUUAUUGAAGCUAAUGAUAUCGAAGGUAAUGUAGGACGUGGAAGAUACAACAACAAAAUGAAACCAUUGAUUAAACUUUCACAAUGGAGAAAAGGGUCACAAUGGUUUCAAAUUGAUCGUAACAUAGCUCUUAAUAUAGUUUCUGAUAACUUAUAUUUUUCUAUGUUCAAGAAAUUUUGCAACCCUCCAUGUUAUAGUGAUGAACAUUAUUUACCAACAUUGGUUAGUAUCAAAUUUUGGAAGAGAAAUUCUAAUAGGACAUUGACUUGGGUUGAUUGGUCAAAAGGUGGACCCCAUCCUUCAAAGUUUAUUAGACCACAUGUGACUAUUGAUUUUUUGGAGAGGUUAAGGUUUGGAAGUAGUUGUGAGUACAAUGGAAAGAUAACAAAUGUUUGUCAUUUGUUUGCUAGGAAAUUCACUCCUCAUGCUUUGGAUAGAUUGCUUAGAUUUGCUCCGAAGUUGAUGCAAUUCAAUUGACUUUACAUUGUACAUAUAUGUAUAAUGUAUUGAUCAUAUUCAUUUGUGCUACUUUUUUUUCAUCCUAGCUGAACCAUUAUAUUCAUUGAUUUAUGUAAUAAAUUUAGAAGAACUUAGACUUUAGCACUUUCUUUUUUCAAUUGGUUAGAGUUUUUUUUUAUCUUUUUCAUAGUAUGUGAAUAUAUUAUUCUUUGGAAAGAGAAAAUAUGUGAAAAAAACUAUUCUUUUUUUUUCU